AUGGAUCUAAUGGCACUAGACUUCUCCGACCAUGCCAGUGCCCAUGAGGAGGUCAUGAAUGCCCCACACAAGGCUUCCUUAUCUCAUGAGCUGAUUGCUGGAGCAGCUGCCUACGAGGCAGCAAAAGCAUAUGAAGAGCAUGUCCAGAGGAACGGGAAGCCCGAGAGUCACGCUAAAGCCAAGGAGCUCCUCGCCGGUUUCGCCGGGGCCUUUACCGAUCGCAUCAUCGAGACCAAAGGCCUUGAUUUCAUUGAUAGGGAGAAGGUGAAGCGCCAGGCUCAUGAACAUGCCCAGGAUGCUCUCGGCAGAGAGUAUUAA